AUUCUAAUUUUUAUAUUUGAUUAACGAUAUCUUAUUUAUGUAAUUAGAUAUUAUAAUUUAUUUAAUCAAAUUUUACAUACUUUGACUCAAUUUCCAUACACAACUUUUAAUUCGCUAAUACUCGUACGACGCACGCGCAGAACUCCCCAUCGCCCAAAAUCGCCCAGCGCCAUAUUGAGAGAGGCGGACGUUGUAUGACUUGAGUGAUUAAAUCGUGGUUAGUGCAAUAAAUUGAAGUGGAAUACUUGAUCGUGCCCUAUGGAUAUAUAUUUGGGAGUGGUGUGCCUCGGUUGAAAGGCCUGCCGAAAGGACAGGGCUCCGCGCGCGAGGACGGUCCGCGGCCCUCCGCUCUGAGGAACCAUGGACUGCUGUAUUUCGGAGGAAGCCAAAGAACAGAAAAGAAUCAACCAGGAGAUAGAGCGGCAACUCCGAAAGGACAAACGCGAUGCCAGAAGAGAACUCAAACUGCUCCUGCUGGGCACUGGCGAGUCGGGCAAGUCAACGUUCAUUAAGCAGAUGAGAAUUAUCCACGGCUCCGGCUAUAGCGACGACGACAAGCGCGGUUUCAUCAAGCUCGUCUACCAGAACAUCUUCAUGGCCAUGCAGAGCAUGAUACGCGCUAUGGACCUACUCAAAAUACAAUACGGAAAUCCGUCCAAUGCAGAAAAGGCGGAGUUGAUAUCAUCAAUCGACUUUGAGAGUGUGACGACCUUUGAGAGCCCUUACGUGGAAGCUAUAAAGGCCCUUUGGGCCGAUUCGGGGAUUCAAGAGUGCUACGACCGCAGGCGGGAGUACCAACUGACUGACUCGGCUAAAUACUAUUUAAGCGAUCUGGAAAGGAUCGAGAAAGACGACUAUCUGCCUACCGAACAGGAUAUUCUUCGCGCUCGACAGCCGACAACCGGUAUACUUGAGUAUCCUUUCGAUCUUGACGGAAUCAUAUUUAGGAUGGUAGACGUGGGGGGCCAGAGAUCCGAGAGAAGGAAGUGGAUCCAUUGUUUUGAGAACGUCACUUCUAUCAUAUUCUUAGUAGCUCUUAGUGAAUAUGAUCAAAUUUUAUUCGAAUCCGAAAAUGAGAAUCGAAUGGAAGAAUCGAAGGCGUUAUUCAAAACUAUCAUCACGUAUCCCUGGUUCCAGCACUCGUCAGUCAUCUUGUUCUUGAACAAAAAGGAUUUGCUCGAGGAGAAGAUCAUGUACUCACAUCUCGUCGACUAUUUCCCAGAAUACGACGGUCCUCAGCGCGACGCCAGCACCGCGCGUGAAUUUAUUCUGCGAAUGUUUGUCGAUCUCAAUCCCGACGCCGAGAAAAUCAUCUAUUCGCACUUCACCUGCGCGACAGACACCGAGAACAUCCGGUUCGUAUUUGCCGCCGUGAAGGACACCAUCCUGCAGUCCAACCUGAAGGAGUACAACCUGGUGUAGGCCGCGCCGCCCGCACUCGUCUGUGAUUGUGUAUAACACAUAAUUUAAACAUCAUCACUUCACAACAAAGUGUAAAUUUACGAACUGAGAUCGAAUGGACAAACCGAUACAUCUUUAAAUGAUUUAUGAGAAAAAUAAGGUUAGAUUGUAAGUCAUUUAACCCAAAACUAGCACGAGUCGGAAAUCAUUCGUUCUCGAUCCGAAUGGGUCACUUCACGACGCGUCAGGUUUUUUGACAUGUUUUUUUAUAAUGAAGUUAUUCACGACUUAUGUAUGUGUCUGUAUCGGGGAAUUAUUAAAUUGUGCAUUUUAAAAUGCCGCGUCGCGGCCCGGGCCCGCCGCGGCACCUGCUUUAUAGUCAUUGUUUUAGGAUUUUUGUAAAGUUUGUUGCCAUAAUAUCUUUCUACAUUUAGUAUACAUUUAUGUCCAGACGGAUGGAUUUGAACAAACUAGUCCUAUGAACUUACGCGUGUUUCACGUCAUCCUCGUGGGUCGAGACGGGACUUUCAGCUUUAUCGAUCGGGAUGCUUCCGUGUUACUAUUACGUAUUUAUUUAAAUUAUGAUGUGCGGCGGUUGGUGCACCGCCCUGGAGUGAGGGUCGCGCUGGGAACGGCCGAGGGACAUCACGGGUACGGAACUUCUGUUUGGGGCCAAUAUUUAAUCUCUAUGGAUAUUUACCUUAUAGGAGUCACCCGAUAAAGGUAAGGUUGUCGAUUUCCAUAUUCCACAAAUGUAAUACUUAUUAACUUCACUUACUUUAACUUUACGUCUAUGGAAAGAAUUAAUGAUAAGAUGGCCCAAUGAAAUUGCACCAAAAACGUACAACCUCAAUUCUCACUGCCAUUUUUGCAACAAAGAUUUAGUUUUUACUUGGCACUGCUCUUUUUUUAUAAUUAUGUCAGAUUUUAUUUAAUUACUGUUUUAAUAUUGCAGUUGUAUCAAGACGAGUAUAGAGUCUUUUACAAUAAACGUUAGAACCCUUCUGUACCUCGGCCGCUUCUCAAUUGCUCGAAUUCAGUACUACUGUAUGUUCUGUUAGCUUGGAAGAUUAUAUUCUAUUAAUGAUGCGUUUAUUUUGUACAUUGGAAUUUUGUUACUUGAUAUAAUAUGUUAUAUGUUAUUAUUUAAGCUGUUUAUAUUUAACAAUGGUGUUUUCUACAAGAAUUGACUUCAAGCGAAACUUUUUUUACGUUCGACCGUAGGCUUUGUGUACGCAGUUGUAUGGUGUAUUCGGUUUCUUCCUAAUGUUAUCUGUAACGAAAAAAAAAGAAAAACAAAUAGCAUUAUAUCAGUAUAGAAUGUUACUAUGUUAGUUGUGUAAGGACAUUUUUGAUGCAUUUGAUAUAAACUUUUUUUACUAGAAAUCCAAUAAAGCGGAAUGUGUAUUGUGUAAACCGUAACUCGAGUUUUUUGCACGAAAGCUUUUAACACACGAAUGUAAUAUAUUGUACAUUUGGGUCUAAAUGUGCUGAGUGCAGCGAGCAGACAGCUCGGCGCCGAGUUUUGCUAUUGGCAACCGCAGCGGCGCACCCAGCGGCACACCCAGCGGCGACUGGCGAGCACGCACACACGUACACACACGUACGCACACUCACACACAAACAACUCCUAUACAUGUUUUAGACAAUUUUAUUAUGCUAUGCUUAAUUUAGUGUGUUGCUUCGUGUUAUUGUUUAAUUAUUUUAUGUAUAGUGAGAAACAAAGUUUCUAUUUUUUAAAUGAAUAACUUAUUGUAUUAACUUAUUUGUUGUUGUGACUUGAUUUUCUAUUUACCGUUUAAGAGUUUCCAAUUUAUUUUGAAGAAGGAAGCAAACAGUUUUAUAUACCAGCCGACCACCGACACUGUCAAUAGCAAAACUAUUUGCUUUUGGUUAUAAGAUACAGCUGUCCGAGAUGCUCAAGAUAUUGUGAAUUUGAAACUUAGCGCACAAUAUUGGAAUAUUUCUAGUGAUGUUACCCAUUGAUGUGCAAUCUCUGUGUGUACAUAGAACUAUGUUUGGUUUGUGCAACUGUGCAGCAAUGCGUCGAUCGGUUAGGAGUUAGGAGUCCGGUGUCCAGCGUACGCGGUCCGUGCGGAGCGGCGCGGCGGGCUCUCCCCCCAUCCCCCCCAUAAUCUCACCGCACGCCGCCCGAGGAGACAGCACCAUCGAUAAUCUCUCUUAUUUGCCAAAGGGAAUAUGUUUUAAUGCCUUUAUAAGUAAUGAUGUACAGACUGAUCUUAUAGUUUUCUUUUUCAAUACAUUAAAGUAUAUAAGUGUGGGUGAUACAGCUGUGUACAGUGCAGUGGGCGUCAGGUGUGUGUUUAUGUAAUGAUAUGUAAACGGAAUAAGAAAAUUGUGAGAGUCCAAAAUGGUUAAUAUUUUUUUUAUAUUUGCCGUGACCUGACCCACAACGACUGGAGUUCUCCAAACUUGAUGCUGAUACCCAAAGUGACCCAGGAAUAUGUAGCUUUCUCUCUUUAAAUUUAGCGUAACUAACUUGACACUUUUGAAACCCUUUAUUUAGUUUAUAAAUCUAAUUGACUUAUCUUUUUAAUGUAUAACAAAUUAAAUGUCACAAAAUCAAUAAAAAAAAGUAUAUUUUAAGAAAAACAGGGCCAGGAUAUUUGACUUAUUUAUGACCGUGACCUUUAUAUUACUCUUUAAAAUCGAAGAUUUUUAUCUAAAUAGAAUAAAUAUAUUAAAAUGAUUGUUUUCUUUAUUUUGUUCUGUUUCAUUUUUGGUUACCGGGAGCGCUAAUGGAGAUGACAACUUUGAUGUUAUAUUUUGUGGUUUGUACGACAAAUUAUGUUCCUUGAUUGAACAUAGUGAAACUAUUAGCGUUCCUUUGGAUUUUUGGGCUUCAAUUAAUGUUUAUUGCAUAUUUGGUUACAGGUGUUUAUGGUAACAUUUUAGUAAUUAUUUUAGAUUUAUUGUGAAAGCACUAUUGAAUUAUUGAUAUAAUUCUCAACAUUACUCUACCGGAAUAGUAAAAAGCAUUUUAACUGACCUACAACUAUAUAGUUUUAUUUAAUUUUUCAGACUUUACUGUGACUAAACUAAAAUUAUUUUCCGUCCUACAUUCAAUACAUUUUUCUUAUUCUGUCUCCGUACAUAUAGUUUAAUUUAUGACUAUAUUAUAAAUGAAACUAGUUGUCUCGCCUGACGCCGGUUGCAUGCCUCGGCCCGUCCGCCGCGCCCUCCACGUCGGGUAACUGUCGUACGAAUGGUCUGAAUUCUCUUGUACUGGCGUGAUUUUACCUAUAUUUUUUUUACAGUGGACAUUCAAAAUAAUGCUAAAAACUAUAUUAUAGUCUAACGUUGCUUUACCUUUUGCGUGAGAUUGUGAGAAUUUUAGCUUAAGUUUCGACUGAAGAUGGAUGCCUGUAUGUAAUAUUGUAAAUUAUAAUUUCUCAUAAAAUAUAAUUUUUUUCAGC